AUGUGGAGACAGGCCCGCGAAGUUAAUGAGACCAACAUGGCGGCGCUCCACGGCGGCUGCUCCGACUUUUCCGAAGACUUCUCCGGAGAGGAGUAUAUGCCAGCCCCCAAGCUGGGAAAGCAGACACAGCCGACCAACACCAACCCAGACACCGCACCAGUGACUAUAUCGGUCCUCACGCAGCUUCUUGCUGACCAUCAUAAAGAACUGCAUAAUGAUAUUGCGGCACUACGGGGCGACCUGAAGGGGCUAACAACUCGCUUAAACACACUAGAAAGUGCAACAGAAACCAAUACCGAGACAUUUGGGAACUCAGACAACACGUGCAAGAUCUCCAACGGCAACAAAAGCUACAUGAACACCGCAUGGCGGAGCAAGAAGAUGCCGGGAAACAGGAUAAUCUGA